AUGUUGGAGUUUGCUUUCAUGGGCCAAGUGGCAACUCUGGAGCCCAACCUGGUGGCCACGCUGGUCACCAUGCAGGCGUCAGCUUUCAACUUUUCGGAAUUCUUCUACUCCUGGUUGGCCCCGACAUUGGUCGAUCGUUUGUCCUCGUGUUCCAGAGAACAUGACAAGUUCUCUUGCGACUACGACGCAUAUCCGUUGGUCGGUGUUGGCCUGACCCUGGUCACUUUAGUCUUCCUGAUCUCUCAAUGGAAGCGAAUCAGUACAUAUCAAGAUGUGGCCUGCUGCGGAUGUCAACACAAGGGCAAGCCCUUGUUUCGCCACAAAUUGACUGUUGGAAUGGUUUUGGGAGGAAUUUCCCUCUUUACUUGGAAGGAAGUCAUGCUCAAGCAGUGA